CAAACUUUUUCGUGAUUGGUGGAUAAAAAAUGAAAUUUUAACGAAAAGCGAAGAAAACAAACUCGAUUUCCCAAAAAAAAGUUUCCGUGUUUGUGUUUUUCGUGUGGAUUUCGACGCGUUUUUGCGGGAUUAUGAGCAAAUAUAGUGACAUCGAGCGACAGGGACUCGUGGAAUUCUUCAAUUACAAUGAGACGAACCAAAAAAUCCUGAUAUCCAUCGCAAAAACGAUCUCUAAAAUGAAAGAUAUGACAGCCGAAGAUGCCUUGGAAGUGGUUUUGGUGCAUUCGAGUGGCGUUCUCAGCAUCCUGAACCGAAAAGCGAUCACGCGAGAAGUGCUUUUCAAGUAUUUGCACGGUCAUCGUGUCAGUGUCUACGAGAAUUUCACCAAAUUGUUGCUAAUCGAACGGAUGAUCGAGUAUUGGCAGACACGAAAUGCCGCCGAAAUCGCUCCCCAACCCUCGACAACCACUGUGAUGACCUCAAAUGCAACGACAAACCAUUCCGCAACGAUGGCCGAACACUUUCCCAUCAAUCUCAUGUCACGUCAAUUCUGUUCCUGGUUCUUUGAGAACUUUAAUGCCGAUGCGCUGAAGCUCAAUGACUUGUGGGUCGAUUGUUUUCUCAGUGUUCGCAUUGUGGCGGCAGGGCAAGAGGUGAACGACACCGAAACGAACGGGCAUGAGGCAUGUUUGCAGAUGCUGUCGCACCUAAAACGUCAACUCAGUAUUCUCUUCAAUCCGAAUUUGUGUCAUGAGGGUGUGCAAGGGCGCAUCGAUCCACAUGGGCUGGUCGUGCUAAUGUGUUGCGGCACCGUUCACAGUCAAACGGCGUGCGUCGGGCUCUUUGAAUCCGCUUUCGGACUCAUGCGAGACCCCUACAAUGAGAAUAACUGGCGAAUUCGACACUUGAAACUGCAAAUUAAGAGCAGCACGACAGACGCGACGCCGAAAUUGAGAGACUGCGACACGCUACAACAAAUUCUCGCAUUGCCCGAAACGAGUGACGUUGUUUAACGUGAGCGGGCUGUUGAAAAAAUUGAGGCCUUUACUUAAAAACAAAAACUAAUUAUUAACUUAUGACUGUAAAAAUAUUUGUUUUGUUGUACCAAAAAAUUCCUUAAAUAUAGAAAAUGCUUCUGUUUAUC